GCCAGGGUUGGUUUAAGGAAAUACAUUGCGGUUGGAUCUGCGCGCUACACAAACUGACGGUAUGAAGCAGAAAACCGUUUAAAAUUCGCUGAUAUUUUCAUGACAGCUGUUUCCUAGUUGUUGUUUUAGCUGGUUAGUUUAAUAAUUAGCGAGUUUAGAGUCGUGGUUUUAUCGUCGGAGGAGUGUAACCGUCAUCCAGCACCAUGAUGGAGUCAUGCUUUAACGAUAAGGUGGCCAGGGCCGAAACCAUCCUGGUAGACGACCUGAGGAGAGAUCUGCGCUUCGAUCUGACUGAAAUGGCAGCAGCUCAGGACUCUAGCUGCUUGGACAGAGAGUUUUUACAGGUGUACCUCCGGGUCAGACCGUUCUCGCAGGCUGAAAUCGAAAACGGAGAAUCGCAGGACUGCAUCACCAUCCAUCCUCCUGACACGGUCCUCCUCAAAGCCCCGAGGUCGUCCCUCUCAGCCCGAGCGAGUGAAAAAUCAGUUCCACAAACAGCACAGCGCUUUCAGUUCUCUCAGGUUUUCGGAGCGGACACGUCGCAGAAGGACCUGUUUGACGGCACGGUGAGGAAUCUGGUCAGAGACGUCCUGGAGGGAAAAAACUCUCUGGUCUUUACGUACGGAGUCACAAACGCAGGAAAGACCUUCACCUUUUUAGGCCCAGAACACGACGUAGGCGUCCUGCCGCGCUCCAUAAACAUGAUCUUCAGCAGUCUGGAGGGUCGGAUCUUCACCCAGACCAGCGUGAAGCCUCACCGGUCCCGGGACGUUCUGAAGCUCAGCAGGGAGCAGCAGGUGGAGGAGAACAUCAGCAAACGCAACCUCCUCAGACUCCUCAGAGAGAAUGAAACUCAGAGAAACACAAGCAGCCUGAACUCCAGCUCCAGAUCUGAAGGUCCGGAUCCGGCCGAUCCCGACAGCUCGGCGUCUGACCGGAGCUUCGGCGUGGACACGGAUCUCCACGCCAGGUUCUCCGUCUGGGUGUCGUUCUGCGAGAUCUACAACGAGAACGUCCACGACCUGCUGGAGCAGCCGAGCGGAACCGGAACACGCCGGGCCAACCUGCGCCUCUGUCACGACACCAAGGGGAACUCCUUCAUCAAGGAUCUGCGCUGGGUGCAGGUGAACAGCUCAGAUGAAGCGUUUAAAGUCAUGAAACUGGGCAAAAAGAACCAGAGCAUUUCAUCCACCAAACUCAAUCAGCUGUCCAGCAGGAGUCACAGUAUCUUCACGGUGAGGAUUUUGAGGAUCGAGGACGUCUCCUCUCUCAGUGUGCAGUCUGUGAGCGAACUCUCGCUGUGUGACCUGGCAGGAUCGGAGCGAUGUGGUAAAACCCAGAACAAAGGAGAUCGACUGAAAGAGGCAGGAAACAUCAACACAUCCCUGCUCAGCCUGGGGAAAUGCAUCAACGCUCUGAAAGGCAGCCAGCAGGCCAGGCAGCACGUCCCGUUCAGAGAGAGUAAACUCACACACUACCUCCAGGGGUUCUUCACGGGUCGUGGCAGGGCCGCCAUGAUCGUCAACAUCAACCAGUGCGCUUCCAUGUACGACGAGACGCUCAACGUCCUCAAGUUCUCCGCUGUGGCACAGAAGGUGGUGGUCCUCAGCGUCCCCUCUGUCCUCCCGUUGGUGGUGAAGAGGAGUGCGAGGGAGGUCUCCUUCAUCAUUAAUAAGGCGACUCUGCGUGAAGCGCGGCGCACAUCUCUGGUACGAUGGGAGCACAGCCGGGGGGGCGGGGACGAGGUGUCAGAGGAGGAGGACGAGGACGAGGAGAGCCUGCUGGAGGACACACUGCCGGAGGAAGAAGGGAAGGAGACAGUGCUGCUGGAUAAAGAGGUGUAUGAGAAUCAGCUGCUGCAGUUAGAGGAGCUGCAGGAACAGUUGAGAACGGCGAGGGCGGAGACUGUAGCUGUGGAGGGUCGAAUCAGAGAGGAAGUGACUAAAGAAUUCUCUGAUCUCUUCACUCAGAUGCAAAAUGACUACAAUGAGCGUAUAAGUAAAGAGCGAGAGCUGGUGGAGGAGAGGUGUGAGCACCGACUCGAGAUUUUCAAACGGUUAGUGGAGAAAACCAGCGGAGAAGCGGGCGGCGACGAGCGAGAGGAUCCUGCUGAAGCACAGGAGCGAGAGCCUCCGAAUCUAGACUGCAUGCUGGACUCCAUGUCCACUGAUCUGGCCGGAAUCAGGAAGGACGCCGAGGCGGCUCAGUCGUGCCUGGUGAACCGUGACGGCCAACCCGCAGUGACGCUGCGUGACCUUGAGAAAAAGGUCACAGAACUGACCGAGAAGCUCGGUGAAACGCAGAAGCAGCUGGAGAGCAGAACGCAGGAGUUGGAAGCUCAGAGCGGCCUGGUGGAGGAGCUGGAGGACAUGAGGAAGACGUUGCAGAGCCGUGAGCAGAGACUGGGUGAUCUGAUGGUAAUGUGUGUGGAGAAAGACGAUGUGAUCACUAAAGUCCAGGCGGAACUGGAUCGAGCCGUAGAGGACCGCACCAAGAACCUGGCUCUGAUUCAGGAACUCCAACAGCGCCACUGCACAUGCUCAGGACGACAGACGCACCCCGAAACCAGGAAGCGGAGACAGGAAGGGGCGGGAUUGGAGGACCUCCACAGUCAGCCUCCUUUAAAGAAAGGGUCUCUUAAGGACACGAUGAUCUCAGAAGAUCCUGUGGAUAAAGAUAAUGAUGACGGUCAUGAGCCACCUCUGGCUGAGGUCAAAGGAUCCCCGGGCGUCUGUGAUAUCAACUCGUCUAUGACUGAGGUCAAAGGUCAAGUUGACCGUCUUCGAACCGAAUUGAAUCAGAAAGAAGAGAGGAUCACGGAUCUGGAACGGGAACGCCAAACCCUGGAGUUCUGCAUCCAGGAGCUGAAAUCGGCGCUGGAAGAAGAGAAACGAUCCCGCGCCGUAGUCCUACGGGAAACUGAGCAGAAGAUAGCGGAAGAGCAGCGAACGUUUCAGUCCGUCAUCAUGAGGAUGAACGAGACAGAGGAGAAACUUGCCGCCGUCUUAAGAACGUCUAAGAUGGAGGAGCAGGGAUCUGAGAUCGAGCACAAAAGCACCGUCAUCAAAAAUCUAGAACAGGAAAUGACUCGUCUCAAGCAGGAAGCGGAGGACACGCGCGACGAAGUCUCCAGGCUACGGAAGGAGAAUGAGAGUAAAGGCGAGAGAGUGAAAAUCCUGGAAGGACAGCUGCUGGAAAACGAAAACACCCACGACAACCUCCAGAAAGUGAACUCUGACCUCCUGGCUGAGAACACAAACAUGAAGGGUGUGAUCAAGGAGUUGGAGGAGAAAGCAGCACUUCUCCUAGUGAAGGAGAGCACGCUAAAACAAAAACAUCGGACGGACCCAGAGCUGUCCGAUAAAGAGGCCCGGCUUGCCAAGAGGGAGGCGGAGCUUGCUGCAAAGGAGGCGGAGCUUUCUGUUGCCCAGCAGGAAGCACAGGAGGCACGAAAGAGAGAGGUGGAGAGGAGGAGAGAGCUGCUGGCUGUAGCCGAAGAGGCCAUUGCUCAAAAAGGUGCAGAACUUCAAAAACGAGAGGCGGAGAUCACCAGGCUAAAGGAGGAGAUGAAGUGCAGUAGUGGAAAGUUGUCGAGUCUCUCCUUAGACAUACAGAGGAGAGAGGAUGAGUCGUCUGAUCUGAGGGAGAAACUCGCCGACUCGAAGAAACAGAUUCAGCAGGUGCAGAAGGAGAUCUGCUCCAUGCGCGAUGUAGAAAAGUCUCUAAAGCAGAAACUGAGCGAUGUGGAGAAGAUGAAAUCCCAGCUACAGAACGAACUCUCGAACCGAGAUCGCACCAUCCAGCAGCUCAGGAGUUCCAGUUCAUCUGAUUCUAAGAAGGAGGAUCACGUCCGUCUUCACGAAAAAGCUCUUAAAGAUCUGAAGGAGCGUCAGGCUGUGAUAGAGGAGAUGCGUUUGGUUCUCAGUGAGCAGGAGGAGACUCAGACUCAGAUGGACCUGGAGCUGGAGAACAGAGAAACUCAGAUCCAUCAUCUCACUCAGGAGCUGGAGAACCUGAAAGAGCUGCUCCUGAAACAAAGAUACAGUAAACAGUUACAUCAUCAUGAACCGGCGCGCAGUGAUGACAUCACACGCGCCAAAGAAGAAGCGGCGCAGGCUCAGGACGACCUGAAGGCAAUCGGUGAGAAACAUCAGGCCGAGCGCAGGAAGUGGACGGAGGAGAAGCUUGUCCUGAUUGCUCAGGCGAAGGACGCAGAGGAGAGGAGGAACCAGGAUAUGAGACGCUAUGCCGAGGACAGAGAGAGACACGCCCGCCAACACACUGAGAUGGAGUCGCUGAAGGCCCGUUUGGCUGAGCGUGAGCAGGAGAUGGACGAGUGGAGGAAGGAGAGAGACACACUCGUGUCUGCUCUGGAGGUCCAGCUGAAGAAACUCGUCUCCACCAUCACAGAGAAAGACGAGCAGAUCGGGGAGCUGAAGCGCACUGACGCACUUCAGCCACCAGAGGUGCGUGACAGUGGAGUGAUGGAGCAGCUGAAGGAGAAGGAGGCGGAGCUUCAACAACUGAGAGAGCAGCUCAGAGAGACAACACACACCACUACAGAGUCAUCUACACAGACUGUGCUGGUGGAGGAGUGUGUAUCUGAGCGGCUGGUGCACAGCACCACUCUGAAACACACAGGCCGAACUCGAGCAUCCGUCACCAGCCAGGGUUCUUGCGGCAGCGGUCCGUCCGUAUUGGACUCGUCGGUCAUCUCCACGGAAACGGGUCGGUGUUCUCGGUUCCCGCGGCCUGAGCUGGAGAUCUCGUUCAGCUCCCUGCAUCCCGAACGCUUCCGACUGAAACGCCCCGGAGAGACCGGAGAGAUCACCGUCAACGUCUCACACACACACAACGCUCGCAAGAGGAAGAGCAGCGAGGUGGAGAGGAAGCGAGGCAGCAACAGAAAGACCAAAGCGAGACCCAGCACAGCUCCUCAGGACGGGGUGGAGAGUGAGAACAGGAGGAAUAUGAGGUGUAAGACAGCUCCGAGUCUCCCUGCACACCAGGAAGAGGAGGUGAGAGAAACGUUCCCCUCGAUACAGAUAGAAAUGAUGUCUCCUGCUCUAGUUGGGAAAAGUUCCCAUGAUUCCCAGUCGAGUCUGCGAGGGAAAAAGGAGGGAAAGUUGCAGAAGAUUGGAGAUUUCCUGAACAGCUCUCCGACGUUCCUGGGCAGUAAAGCUAAGAGGAUCAUGGGAUUGAUGAGUGGAAGGUCUCCGGAUGAAGGUGGCUCGUCUCUGAGUCUGAAACGCUCCAAACGAAAGAUCAACAUCUCGUCUCCUAUGAACGUCUCCGCUAAUCAGAUCAUCAGUCAUGAUGUGGAGGAGCGAGAAGAUCAGCUGAACAUCAAGAAACGACUUCGCACCAAAACACCCAAGUAGAUGUUUCUCCUCCAUCAUCGCUAUGACAUCCUCACUACAUCCUCACUACAUCCUCACUACAUCCUCACUACAUCCUCACUACAUCCUCACUACAUCCUCACUACAGCUACAUCCUCACUACAUCCUCACUACAUCCUCAUUACAUCCUCACUACAUCCUCACUACAUCCUCAUUACAUCUACAUCCUCACUACAUCCUCACUACAUCCUCACUACAGCUACAUCCUCACUACAUCCUCACUACAUCCUCACUACAUCCUCACUACAUCCUCACUACAUCCUCACUACAGCUACAUCCUCACUACAUCCUCACUACAUCCUCAUUACAUCCUCACUACAUCUACAUCCUCACUACAUCCUCAUUACAUCUACAUCCUCACUACAUCCUCACUACAUCCUCACUACAGCUACAUCCUCACUACAUCCUCGCUACAGCGUCACUGUAUCCUCUCCUCUCACCAGCACUUUUACCUCCUGUUUUUAUUGCACACUUUUAUCUUUUAUCUGUAUUUUGUGUACUGUAUUAUAUCUCACUGUAUAAUGGCUGACUGACUUUAAAUAAGGGUUAGGAUUUAAAUAUUUUAUAUUAUUAUCUAUAACACUAAUGAAUAUAUACAUGAAGCUAUAGGGAGAUGUUUGUUUGUUUGUUUGUUUGUGUAAUCUGUGACGAUGUUUAUUCAGUCUGUCUGGAUAAAUAAAUGUAAAUACCACACAAA